AAUUGCUGUUCCUCUGUUCCUCAAUAGUGGAAAAAUUUGACGCCAUGUUGGCCACAAAUUGCUUUAUUUAAAUUGCAGAUCAUUUUCCAUGGAAUAGAUAUAAAAUAGUAGAAAAAUGUGAAUUUUUAAUGCUGGAGGAUCUAUAUAUAUUGAUAUUGGUAAAUGUAUGAUUGAGAAAGCUGAAAAAGCAGGGAAACUCAAACUAGAAUAUACAAUUAUUGGGCCAACUUCUGAAAAUACUGCAUUAGCAGCUGUUGUAAAAGGAUAUCAAACUAUUUAUUACCACUUGGAGCAGAAAUUCACAAUUACAGGAGUGGAUAGGAAAUUGAAAGAGAAAUGGCCUAAUAUUCAAAUUAUAAGCAUAGACCCUAAUGGAUCAGUUCUCGCAAAUAGGGAUUCAUCAGUUGGACCAUAUCUAGUUAAUAAUAAUUAA